AUAGGCAUUAUGGGAUCGGAAGCUUCGCUCCUGCCAUGGAGAAACUAGAGUACGAAGCUGAGCGUUAAAACGAGGCAGUAAAUCAGCGCUCUGCUCCGAGACUGAGAGGAUGACAGUGUUAUAGAGGCCGUCCUGACGAGUAUGGCCGGUGAGGAGGCUUCUCGGCGAGGAUAGAUGCCGAACCGUGUUUUAGGACUGCAGCUGCAUUCCUCUUCGUUUUGGGAUAUUUGCUGAAAGUCAGCGACGAGGGGGAGGAGAAAAAUGUCGACCACCAGCCCCGAAGCGGUGAAGAAAUUGCUGGAGAACAUGCAGACUGAUCUGCGGUCUCUGUCCAUGGAGUGCAAGAAAAAAUUUCCUCCGGUGAAAGAGGCAGCAGAGUCUGGUAUUGUCAAGAUUAAGACAAUUGCUGCAAGAAACACAGACAUCCUUGCAGCUCUGAAGGAGAAUAGCUCAGAGGUGGUGCAGCCAUUCCUUAUGGGCUGUGGUACCAAGGAGCCCAAAAUCACUCAGCUGUGUCUGGCUGCCAUUCAGAGACUGAUGUCCCACGAGGUGGUGUCAGAGGCAGCAGCGGGAAACAUCAUUAAUAUGUUGUGGCAGCUCAUGGAGAAUGGCCUAGAGGAGCUGAAGCUACUACAGACUGUUCUUGUACUGCUUACCACCAACACAGUAGUGCAUGAUGAAGUCCUAUCAAAGGCCAUUGUGUUAUGCUUUCGUCUCCACUUCACUAAAGACAACAUCACCAACAACACAGCGGCAGCUACCGUCAGGCAGGUCGUCACUGUGGUGUUUGAGAGGAUGGUUGCUGAGGAUGAGAAAUUCAAAGGCAUGGCAGAACAGCCUCCUGCUGUCCAAGGCAAUAGUAACCGCAGGUCUGUGAGCACCCUCAGACCCAGUGCUAAAGAUGCCUACAUGCUUUUCCAGGACCUGUGUCAGUUGGUGAACGCCGAUGCCCCCUACUGGUUGGUGGGUAUGACUGAAAUGACCCGGACAUUUGGACUGGAACUGCUGGAAUCUGUUUUAAAUGACUUCCCAGGAGUCUUUCUGCAGCAUCAGGAGUUCAGUUUUCUGCUGAAGGAGCGCGUAUGUCCUCUGGUGAUCAAGCUCUUCUCUCCCAACAUCAAGUUUCGGCAGGGCAGCAGCAGCAGCGCUGCAUCUCCUGCACCUGUUGAGAAGCCCUAUUUCCCUAUCUGCAUGCGCCUGCUCCGCGUCGUCUCAGUGCUCAUCAAGCACUUCUACAGCCUACUGGUGACAGAGUGUGAGAUUUUCCUGUCUCUGCUGGUUAAGUUUCUGGAUGGAGAGAAGCCUCAGUGGCUAAGAGCUGUGGCUGUGGAGUCGGUACACCGGCUGUGUGUUCAGCCACAUUUGCUACGAUCUUUUUGCCAGUCAUAUGACAUGAAGCAGCACUCCACCAAAGUGUUCAGAGACAUCGUGAAUGCUCUCGGCUCCUUCAUCCAGUCUCUGUUCAUUGUACCCAGUGUGGGAAAUGCCUCCUCUACCAACACACCCACAGGUGGUUCAGCAUCUAGUGCUCAGGCAUCAGCUCAGGGCGGAGUAGGAGCAGCAGGGGGCAGUGGGGGAUUGACCACUCAGGCUGCCUUUGAGUACCGUGGCACCUGGAUCCCUCUAAUGACCGUCAGCGUGCAGGGCAGUGCCAAGGCCACCUAUCUGGAGAUGCUGGAUAAGGUGGAGCCACCCUCCAUCCCUGAGGGCUAUGCUAUGUCUGUGGCCUUUAGUGCCCUGCUGGACCUGGUCCGGGGCAUCACCUCUAUGAUUGAGAGAGAGCUGGCUAAAGAGGAGGAGGAGGCUGCAGCCAGGAACAGCUCAGAGCCUGCUGCCCCAGCGCAGAGUGAGGACAGUUCACAGGAACCACAACCUCAUGAGGUAUGGGAGGAGAUGGUGAGUGCAUGCUGGUGUGGUCUGCUGGCAGCCCUGUCUCUCCUACUGGACGCUAGUACGGAUGAGACUGCUACAGAGAACAUCCUGAAGGCUGAGUUGACGAUGGCAUCUCUGUGUGGUCGCCUUGGUUUGGUAACUCCGCGAGAUGCGUUCAUCACGGCCAUCUGCAAAGCCUCACUGCCUCCGCACUACGCUCUCACAGUCCUCAGCAGUAACGCGGCCAACCUCUCCAACAAAACAUACUCUAUCCAAGGCCAGAAUGUGCAAAUAAUCAGUCCGUCCAGUGAGUCUCAUCAGCAGGUGGUGGCAGUGGGGCAGCCCCUCACAUCACAACCGCAGGGCACUGUAGUGCUCACAGCCAAAAACAUCCAGUGUAUGCGGACUCUGUUGAACCUGGCUCAUUGCCACGGGGCUGUAUUGGGAACCUCCUGGCAGCUUGUGCUUGCUACCCUGCAGCACCUGGUAUGGAUUCUGGGUCUAAAACCAGGAGUUGGAGGAGCGUUGAAGCCUGGUAGAGCGGUUGAGGGUCCGAGUACUGUUCUUACAACUGCUGUAAUGACGGACCUGCCUGUCAUCUCCAGCAUUCUCUCCAGACUCUUUGAAAGCUCACAGUACCUGGAUGAUGUCUCCCUCCAUCACUUGAUUAAUGCCUUGUGUUCCCUGUCCAUGGAAGCUAUGGAGAUGGCUUAUGGAAAUAACAAGGAACCAUCUCUGUUUGCAGUUGCUAAGCUGUUGGAAACAGGCCUGGUGAAUAUGGACCGCAUAGAGAUCCUGUGGAGACCCCUGACUGCACAUCUACUGGAGAAGGUUUGCCAGCACCCUAAUGCUCGUAUGAGGGAGUGGGGAGCUGAGGCUGUUACGUCUCUAAUCAAAGCUGGCCUUGCCUACAAGCAUGACCCUCCCCUGUCUCAGAACCAGAGGCUGCAGCUGUUGUUGUUGAACCCUCUGAAGGAGCUGUCUAACAUACUGCACGCUGACAUCAGGCAGAAACAGCUCGAAUGUGUGCUGCAGAUUCUGCAGAGUCAAGGAGACAGCCUUGGUCCAGGCUGGCCUCUAGUGCUAGGGGUCAUCGGAGCAAUCCGCAAUGACCAGGGUGAAUCCUUAAUCCGAACAGCCUUCCAGUGUCUCCAGUUGGUGGUGACUGACUUUUUACCCACCAUGCCUUGCACGUGCCUCCAGAUCGUUGUGGAUGUAGCUGGCAGCUUUGGUCUUCAAAACCAGGAACUGAAUAUCAGCCUGACCUCUAUAGGGCUUUUGUGGAACAUUUCAGACUAUUUCUUCCAACGGGGAGAGAUCAUUACAGAGGAGCUAGAAAGAGAGGAGGCUGUUCUGCUAAAACAGUCCCGAGAGAACGGAGAGCCUCUGAACAGACCCUUUCAUCCUGCUCCCCCUUUUGACUGUCUGUGGUUGUGUCUGUACGCCAAGCUGGGAGAACUGUGUGUAGAUCCUCGGCCGGCCGUCAGAAAAAGUGCUGGACAAACAAUGUUCUCAACUAUUGCUGCCCAUGGAACCCUGCUGCAGCAGGCCACGUGGCACAUAGUGGUGUGGAAGGUGCUUUUUCACUUACUGGACUGCGUGAGGAAGUCUUCCACCACUGCAGAUAAGGAGAAGAUUGAAUCAGGUGGCGGAAACAUCCUCAUCCACCACUCACGGGACACUGCAGAGAAACAAUGGGCAGAGACUUGGGUACUGACCCUAGCUGGCGUUGCUCGCAUCUUCAACACCAGGAGAUACCUGCUGCAGCAACUGGGUGAUUUCUUCAAAGCCUGGGAGGUCUUACUGGACCACAUUCAGUCAGCAGCACUUAGCAAAAACAAUGAAGUGUCCCUCGCUGCCCUUAAGAGUUUCCAGGAGAUCCUCCAGCUGGUCACGCCUGUUAAGGACACGGACAAGCCAGAUGCUCUGGGUGCUAUGGACAUUCCUCCUGUGCUCAUGGACCCACUCACGGCUUCAGGCCCUGGCAGACCCCUGCCUCGCUCAGACUCUCUCGCUGAGCGACUGGCUCAGCGCUACGGUGCCCAGCCUCCGCCGCCACCACCUGGAGAAGAGCAGGACGACUCUGCCCUCUGGUGGUCAGCGUGGAGCACUUGGUACCGAACGGGGAUUGAAUGCACAAGGCCUCCGAGUGGUGGCACAGAUAAACUAGCCUUUGUGCCCAGUCAGCCUUUUCUAACAGCGCUGAUCCAGAUUUUUCCUGCCCUCUACCAGCACAUAGCGGGAGGAUUUAGCAUGGAGGACUUGCGCAAGUUGGGGGUCAUACUGCAUGGAGCAGUGUCUGUACCCAUCAGCUCAGACGCUUCCCCCUUUAUUCUGCCCUCCUACACAGAGGCAGUGCUCACUAGUCUGCAGGAGGCUGUACUCACAGCACUGGAUGUGCUGCAGAAGGCAAUCUGUGUUGGUCCUGAGACCCUGCAGGUGAUGUACCCUGCCAUCUUUGAGCAGCUCCUACAGUUUGUCGAGUUCUCUUGCAAGCCGCCACAGUACGGCAAAAUGGAAACCAAGCAUGUGGCUAAUGCAAAAUAUAAUCAGGCAGAAUGGGUGGCCUUAAACUAUGUACCGUUUGCUGAGAGGUCUCUUGAGGUGGUGGUAGACCUGUAUCACAAAACUGCCUGCCACAAAGCUGUCAUCAAUGAGAAAGUGUUACAGAGCAUCAUUAAGACUCUGAGAAUGCCCUUGGGGCUGAAGUAUGCAUGUCCUGCAGAGAGCACCUGGAAGCUGGCAGUUUCCUCUCUGCUCAAAGUUCUCUCCAUUGGCCUCCCUGUCGCCCGGCAACAGGCCUCCUCGGGCAAGUUUGACACCAUGUGGCCCGAGCUAGCCAACGCCUUCGAGGACUUCCUCUUCACCAAAAGCACACCUCCUGAUAACCUGUCCAUUCAAGAGUUCCAGAAGAAUGAGGCCGUUGAUGUCGAGGUGGUGCAGUUGAUCAGCACAGAGAUUUUGCCCUAUGCCAAUUUCAUCCCCAAAGAGUUUGUAGGUCAGAUCAUGGCCAUGCUCAACAAAGGAUCCAUCCACUCCCAGUCCUCUUCCUUUACAGAGGCAGAGAUUGAUAUCCGGAUGCGGGAGGAGUUCUCUAAAGUGUGCUUUGAGACCCUCCUGCAGUUUUCCUUCAGUAAUAAAGCGAGCACACCACAGGAGGGCUAUAUCUCGCGCAUGGCUCUCUCAGUGUUGCUGCAGAGAGCGCAGGACGUGCUCCGCAGAUACGUCGAGGACGAGAGACUCAGCGGCCGCUGCCCACUGCCCAGGCAACAAGUGACAGAAAUCAUUUUUGUCUUAAAAGCUGUUAGCACGCUCAUGGAUUCCCUCAAAAAGACACAACCAGAGAAUGUGGAUGGGAAUACCUGGGCUCAGGUGAUUGCUCUGUACCCCACGCUGGUGGAGUGUAUCACCUGCUCCUCUCCCGAGGUCAGCUCUGCUCUGAAGGAGGCUCUGGGGCCUUUCAAAGACUUAAUGCAGCCGCCAGUGUCCAAAGUUCAGAACGGGGAGUCGUGAUCUGAUCCCCCCGCAAGCUUUUUAUCCAGCCGGAACCAUGAAUGUGACUCUAUCACAUGCACACACACACAUGGACUGUUUCUCACCCCAGCGCAUCUUAUUGCUGUCGUCAUGGAAACCAAGCUCCAUCAUUCUGAGCUUCUUCUAACACAUGUUUAUUAGAUUAUGAUUGGCUGCCUGGACAGUAACAAUGUAUUAACUGCUCCAUAAAAUUUGCAGUGUUCAUUGUUUUUAUUGCCCCCCAAACCUUUUUUUUCUUUACCACGACAGGAGUUAAUGUACAGUGUGUGGUGAUAGUGUUAAUGAUGUAACAAAACAAAAAAAAAAUUCAGCAUUAAUCUCAAAUCGAGAAUGAUUUAAAAAUACAUCAAUUAAUAAAAAAGAUUUGUCUUUUUGUGACAUUUUCUCAACAGCAAAAGAUUUUAUGCAAGAUCUUACUGUAACAUUCCAUGCCAUCUUUAGUCAGCUGGAGAAGGGAUGUACCCUGUGUGUGUAAAAUAAAUGGUACAGUUCUAUGAACACCUAA